AUGAUUGGCAAAAGAUGGGGAUUGACGCCAAAAAUCAUACUGUGGCUUUACAAAACUGUAAUUCGGCCCAUGAUCACAUACGGCGCUCUGGUAUGGUGGACCAAGACAAAUGAAGCCACCAUAAUUAAAAAGCUUCAGCGCUACCAGAGACUGGCAUGUAUGGCUGCCACAGGCUGCAUGAGAACUACGCCAACAGCAGCCUUAGAAGCGAUGCUGGAGCUAACUCCGCUUCAUCUAUAUAUACAACAAGAAGCGACUUUAGCUGCCAUCAGACUCAAGACCCUAAAUCUUUGGAGUAAGAAUAGUGUCCCUCAUACAGGCAUAAUUGAUAGAAUUCACUCAAAAAUUCCUAUCCUACAAGCCAAAUACGAUAGGAUUCCUAAACAAUUUGUUUUCGAUAAGAAAUAUAAGAUACAGUUAAAUGAAAACAGCCAGCCGGAAGGAUUAAGCCCAAAAGAGCUUAGAAUUUUCACCGAUGGUUCUAAAACAAAUGAAGGUGUAGGUUCUGGAGCUUUCUCUGAAGACCUCAAUAUUCACAUAUGCACACCGCUGGGUACCUAUAACACGGUCUUUCAGGCGGAAUGUAUGGGUAUCAUUCAAGCGGCCAUAGCAAUAGAUGCUAGGAAGGUUAAUGACUUCCCCAUCAGAAUACUGACCGACAGUAGGGCGGUACUCCAAGCCCUGAGAUGCAAUGUGGUGAACUCGGGACUAAUAUAUGAAUGCCAUCAACGAUUAAAUGAGGUAUGUAAAAACAACAAUGUGACCCUGCAAUGGAUAAAGGGACACAGUGGAUCCAGAGGCAACGAUGCAGCAGACGAACUGGCUAGAAGAGGAUCGGCUUUGGCCACUAUAGGGCCGGAACCAAUCAUACCAAUCCCCUUUGGUAACGUUUGUUCACUGGUACGUAGACACUUCACUAAUCAACACGCUCAGCUUUGGAAAAAUCUAGUAGACUGUAGACAAGCUAGGGAUGCCCUGCCUGAAAUUAACAGUCGCUUAACAAAAGUUUUAAUGAGACUGAACAAGCCGCAGAUUAGGAUAGUAACAAGUGCUAUCACAGGACACGGCACCUUUAACAAGCAUUUAUUUACUAUAGGUGUUACAGAUAGUCCCCUGUGCAGGGCAUGUAUGGGGGAGGAAGAAACGGCGGCCCACGUGCUACUGAAAUGUCCGGAGGUCGCUACAUACAGGGCUAAACAUCUCGGCACGCCGGGAUCACUCCCCGAAGUUGCAUGCAACAUCAAGGGCCUGUUGAGCUUCUUCGGAGAGAUCUCAUGGCUCGAAUAA